ACAGAAAACCCCUCAUUUUCUUUAGAGCGGAAGAUUAAAAAAACACACACACAGCGGAAAUGGACUAUAGUUUAGCUGCGCUGAAGCUGCUAUGCGGGCAGCUGAAAGAAGCCCGAGGAACCCCUUCUCAAAAUGCCUUGACUCUUGGUGGCAUUCUCUUCCAACGUGUCUGGCUUCAGGGCGUUUUGGUCUCAAACGACGACGACGAUCGCCUGCUUCUCGAUGAUAGCACCGGCGUCGUCGAGCUUAACCUAUCCGUUGAUUUCCGUCAACGUCAAUGGAGAAAAGGGAUGUAUGUAAUGGUGGUGGGAGGAUACUUUAUCCGUACAGACGAUCUCCCUGUUAUUAAGGUGCAUAAGAUUGUUGAUUUAUCUCCAUUUCCCGACCGAGAAGCGAUGUGGUAUCUCGAAGUUUUGGAAGCUUACAAGUUGUUCUACCAGCCUCUCAUUGAAGAAUUCUUAUGAACUCGUGAAUUAUUCAGUUCUAUGUUUGUUAGACACAAACCGGAAGGUUAGUUGGAUGAGAGAGCUUGAUUGAGUUUUCCAACUUCUAUUGCUUUUUCUCUUACAUGUUAUUUCCUCCACAUAGGGAUAGGGAGUUUUUUUUAAUGAGGUCCAUGCUUGUGACAAAGCUCUUUUUCGGAAAAAAAAGGUACCAAAUUUUGAGACUGCCAUUGUUGGAUGCAAUGAAAUAGCUGAAACAUGUUCUUUCUGAUUCACUUAGAUUAUGAAGGAUGAGUUUCCUUGGCAUUUAUAUAUUU